AUUUCCAACAAUUCCAGCAUUGACUGCUUGUAUCUGCUGAAGUAACAACCGAAUAAAGUAAUCUGAUGGAAAUUUGUUUUGUGAUAUUACCUAACCUAAAAGUUUAUUGUAACUUAAUUACAGGUAACUUAAUUAGAUUCCUAAUAUUACUGUGAAAAAAAAGAUAUUGAAGACUUACUUGUUUAUUCUGAGAUUAUUGUAGUAUAAAGAUGCCAACUAUUGGAAUAAAACGUGACUUGCUAUUUGAAGCAUUAGGCCAAACAUAUUCUGACGAUGAGUUCCAAACAUUAUGCUUCAAAUUUGGUUUAGAGCUAGAUGAAGUAACAACGGAGAAACAAAUGUUAGCAAAGGAACAAGGUUUUGAUCAAGGUACAAUAGAUGCCUCUGAAGAGAUUAUCUAUAAAAUUGAUAUACCUGCUAACAGAUAUGAUCUUUUGUGCUUGGAGAGCCUAAGUACUGGAUUGCUUAUAUUCUUGAACAAGAUAUCCAUACCAUGUUACAAGGCAAUCAAACCAAACACAGGAAUGGAAAGGAUAGUGAUGAGCCCAGAGUGCUUAAAAAUAAGAGGGCAUAUAGUUGCUGCAAUUUUAAGAGAUGUUACUUUGACGCAAGAAUCUUAUAAUAGUUUUAUCGAUCUUCAAGAUAAACUGCAUCAGAAUAUAGGAAGAAAACGUAGUCUAGUUUCUAUUGGAACUCAUGAUUUGGAUACAGUUAAAGGUCCAUUUCUAUAUGAUGCUAGAUCACCAUCGAAGAUACGUUUCAAACCACUUUAUCAGGAAAAAGAAUAUACAGGAGAAGAAAUCAUACAAUUGUAUGCAACACACGCGCAGCUCAAACAAUAUUUACCCAUUAUAAAAGACAGUCCUGUUUAUCCCGUGGUAUAUGAUAAUAAUGGUAUUGUUUUAUCUCUCCCUCCUAUUAUUAAUGGGGAUCAUUCAAAGAUCACACUUAAUACAAAAAAUAUUUUUAUUGAAUGUACAGCAACUGAUGUUACAAAGGCAAGAAUAGUGUUGGAUACGAUAGUCUGUGCUUUCAGUCAGUAUUGCAAUAUGAAAUAUACAGCCGAAAUUGUGGAAGUAGUAUAUCCCGAUAAUCAAACUUUCUAUUAUCCAGAAUUAAAAUAUCGAACAGAAGAAAUUAAUUACAAUAAAGCGAUUAGUUACAUUGGUAUUAAACAGACUCCAAAUCAAGUUGCAAAGUUGUUGUCAAAAAUGUCUUUAAAAUCUGAGAUGAAAGAUAAGGAUACAUUAAUGGUAGAAAUUCCACCGACAAGACAUGAUGUAAUACAUCCUUGCGAUAUUUAUGAAGAUAUCGCUAUCGCUUAUGGAUAUAACGAAAUAGAAAAAACUAUACCAAAUAUAUCGACAGUCGCGGCAGAAUUUCCACUCAACAAACUUACUGACCAAAUACGGAUGGAGUUAGCUCAAGCGGGAUUCACCGAAGCACUGACUUUCUCACUGUGUUCGCGUGAAGAUAUAGCGGACAAAUUAGGAUACAAGAUAGAGGAUGUACCAGCAGUUCAUAUAUCCAAUCCAAAAACUUUGGAGUUUCAGGUUGCGCGUACCUCACUUUUACCAGGAUUGCUUAAAACAAUAUCGGCAAAUAAAAGGAUGCCUUUGCCUCAUAAAUUGUUUGAAGUUUCCGACGUUGUAUUGCGAGACGACACGGCGGAAGUCGGUGCGCGCAACAAUCGUCGUUUAUGCGCAGUAUAUGCUAAUAAAUCGGCUGGUUUCGAGAUAAUUCAUGGUCUGGUAGAUAGAGUACUAUUACUAUUAGAGAUACCCUGGAGCGCUAAUAAGGAUAAAAGUGGAUAUUAUCUGCGUGCAGCUGAUGACCCGAUGUUUUUCCCUCAACGAUGUGCUGAAAUUGUCUGUUAUGGUGAAGCGAUAGGAAAAUUAGGAGUUUUACAUCCCGAUGUACUCUCAAAGUUUGAAUUAAAUAUUCCAUGUUCUGCGAUGGAAAUAAACAUUGAACCGUUUUUGUAAUAAAAAUAAAUAAUGCGUAAAUAGCAAAGUUAAAAAAA